AACCCCAUCAAGAGAGAGCUCCUCAAAUCAAAUGGCAACUCUCCCAAUCCCGAAGACGACGACCCGAGUCGGCUCAUACUGAUCGCUUCUAGAAGCUUCCAGAAGGCUCCGGCGCGCCAUGGCCGCGCCCUUCUUCUCCACGCCCUUCCAGCCUUACGUCUACCAGAGCCAACAAGGAUCUGUGACGGCGUUUCAGAUAUCCGGUGGAGAUGUGCAGGUCGUGCAGGUAAUGGUGAAGUCACAUGAGAAGUUGACUGUGAAACCAGGUACAAUGUGCUACAUGUCUGGGAACAUUCAGAUGGACAAUAAUUACUUGCAUGAAAAUGAUGGAGGCAUGUGGCAGUGGAUAUUUGGAAAAAGCAUAACCAGCACAGUUUUCUUCAAUCCUGGCCCUGAUGAUGGAUAUGUUGGGAUUUCUGCACCAUUUCCUGGGAGGAUACUGCCGAUAGAUUUGGCGAACUUUGGUGGGGAACUUCUUAGCCAGGCAGAUGCUUUUCUUUGCUCAGUCAAUGAUGUGUCCGUCACAAGUACAGCUGAUCAGAGACCGCGGAACAAUGAAAUUGGCGCAGAGAUGAUCCUGAAACAGAAGCUUAGAGGUCAAGGGAUGGCCUUCAUUGUCGGCGGUGGAUCAGUAAUGCAGAAAAUUCUUGCUCCCCGGGAGGUAAUUACUGUUGAUGCUGCUUGUAUUGUCGCUAUGACAACCACCAUCAAUUUUCAGUUAAAGAACCAUACCCAACUAAGAAGAGCAGUCUUCGGGGGCGACAACCAGCUUACAGCAUCUCUUACAGGACCCGGUGUGGUUUUCAUUCAGAGCCUACCCUUCACUCGGCUCUCACAGCGCAUUGCGAGUAGAUCAAUGGCGGCCCCAAGCUUGAGAGACAACCCCAAGUUCUUCAUCCAGAUCGUCAUGUUCUUCUUCCUCGCAUAUGUCAUGAUUGUAUCAUCAAUAAUUCUGACGGAUGUCUAGAUGCUGCUAGAGGCGAGCAUUUUGUGUAAUCCUCCUAGAGAUGUUCCUUGAAAUUUGGAAGAGUAAAAGUUGUUACAGCUUACAGAAGAAUUCUCCCUCCCCCGUGUAGAUGUUGUGGGUCUGAGCAAAGCUUGAGAAGACAUCGCUCAACUCUUGUUAGAAAACAUAGUUGGAAGUUUUAUCAUAUUCAGCGACGGGCCUUUGUUCGUGUGUAGAGACAGCAAGUUGAAGUUGCACAUGCUACAUGUUACAGUGAAUAUACAUUUGAGACUUUUGACUUGUAUCCUGCUUAGUAGAUCCAUCGAUAAUAGUGUUGAUACAUUUCUGUA